UUUGAAUUUGCUCUUGGUGUUGUAAAGUAUGUCCCUUCGCAGUACCCGUAUUUUAACAUCGCAUUUCCGCCGUGGGCUGUGUUUUCUGUUUGAGUUCACCCUGACGUUGACUGUGAAGAUCAUUGACGUCUUUUUUGAUAAUACAGGAGCAUCACCAUGGUUACGGCAAAGAGGCUGGCGGACGUGGGGUACCGCGUGUUCUCGGGCUCCAUGAUGCUGCUGACGGUCUAUGGCGGCUACCUGUGUGUUCUGCGAGGAUACCGCUACAUGGAGAAACAAAAGGCGCUCCGUUCUGCAGCAGAGAACCACACGGAAUCGGACUGAGACAGCCAACGUCAACCUGCACAAUCUGUGUAAAUUUUACUUUGCCUCAGGGCAGAGUGAUACAUGAACUCUCUUGGGCAAAUGUUGAGCAGUAAAGAGUGAAGCGAUUUGCACAGUAGCGAAGCUCUCAGCAUCUUUGUGAAGAUGUACCAGUAACCAUGGACUUCAAUGGAUGUUCAAAAUGAGUGUAUAGCAGGAGAGCAUAAGCACCUAAAUAAAAUUAGAUUUAUAAAGGUGGAA